AUCUGCCUUCCCCCGGGGCAGCGCGGCCGCUGAAAGCGAAGGCUGGGCGCGCCAUCCAUCCUACAGCAACAAUUGCUUUGCAGGUGCUCGGCCUGUCUCAGCCUGCAUCCCCGGGGAAGCAGGCAACACUUUUCCACAUUCCCAAGUUAAGGAUGAUGCUAGUAAACGUUUCAUUUUCCUGCAUCUCUAUAUUACUCAAAUCUAGACCACGUAUCUGAAUUCACAGCACAGAAGCUCUCAUCAAAUGAAGAAUCCAGGCUCAUAUAUUUGCUACAGAUAAAAUCUCAUUUUGGCAAUUCAUUCCCUGUCGGAAGGCUGGAAGUGUCACAGCUCGGCUGCUGCUUCUUUGCAGGGGAAUGCUGUUUAUGUGGAAAAGUGUUGCUUGCACCCAGACAUGCUGCAAAAACACUGUGUGGGGCUCUCUUUGCAGAGCUGCAAGCCAUUCAUUUGCUGAGCUUCCAUGCCACGGCUUUCCUACCUUUCCUACCUCCCUGAAUGUCUCAGAACCCAUACCCUGAAGAUACAGUGCUCUCCCCAGCAAUUUAGAGAAUACAGGCAUGCAGUCAGCACAUGAGUAUGACAAGUCAGCUGUGUGGUCACAGUGCUCCUUUUGCAGCAUUUCUGCACGUGUUAUUAACUCAGGUAGCUCAGACUCUUCAGAGAAUUUCAUAUUCAUGCUGAUUUAUAUUUCUAGUCUAUUUUAUAGGACUUGUUAAUUGUUAAUACUAAUUUUUUCUUACCACCUUCUAUGACCAAUUUCUGUAAUAGCAUUUCUGGAAUACAGUUUUGUUUCCCUGAACAGAUAGCUAAGGGCAAAUGAGGCGCUUCCAAAGCUCCCAGAGAAUGCUUGUUUAUAUGUCCCUUUCCAAGUUAGGUCUGCUGUUAUUCAAGCACAAGCUCAGGACUGAAGCUAUUUAAAGUACUUUCAGAAUAACCACAUCCAUGAACAAGCAAGCAGUUGGGCUGUAGACAUCCAAGAAGAGAACAGAUGGCCACUAAUGUGGUCAAUUUUGUUCCAAAGUGUCAUUUAGGAAGUGAGGUUUUAGGCACCUGAGGCUUAGUCAUGCCAAGAGGAUGAAUAUUCCCAGCUUGAGAUGGUGUAAAGAUACCAGUUUCCUGAGUACUGAGCCACUAGAAAAAAAAUCCUGUAGGGGGUUCUUUGAGAGAAGGACUGAAACCCAGAACCCCAGGAUGAUUAUCCUGGUUAUUUUCUUGAUCUUCUCAAGUCUCUGUAAACCUGAGAGUAAAGGCUAGGUCUGGAAAAAAUGACACCCUGUCCCCCCAAACCACCAAAUAGCUGAGGCUGGGAUCUUCACACCAAACACUGGUAGAAUUGAGGUGGUGAUUCUGCUAGAAUAAGAAUUUCAACAUCUUCCUUCCAGCUGCCUCACAAUACAUAGUGCCCAUGGUGUUUCCCUUCAUCCCCCCAUAGGUGCAGCCAGCACCCCCAGCUCAUACCUCUGUUUUUCUCAGCUCAAUAUUAAGCUGUUUUCCUCAUUCCUAUUUUCUUGAGGAUUCAGAUUGUUUCUUCUGGCCUCAGAAGGACUUCCAGUGGCCUUUUAUUUCACAGCAGGAUGUUAAAUUAAGGAGCUUUUCUUUUUGCCAGUGUCUAUAUGGGUAAUGAAUCAAAGGAGAAGAAUUCUCACCUGUAAAAAAAAAGAUCAAGCUCUGUCUAGGGCUAGCCCCCACAAAAUGGCUUUGCAGAUUAUAAAUGAUACAAUGCCUGUCCCCACGAUGCUGUCCUAAAGGCUAUCUUGGAGGAUUUUGGGAUCCAGGCCAGGUUAGUUAGCAUUCAGAGUCUUCUGACUCAGGACUUUGACAGAUACACUGCAGCAAAUGAAAAGGUGUCUGACUGACUGGGAGAGGACAUCUAACCUGUGUGCAGCACUGAAAUGUGAAAGCAACAAAAGGUACUCAAGGUGCCACGGGUUUGGGGAUAAAUAAUUUGAACAAAAUUUCCUGUGAACUUUAAGUCUUCAAUUACAGUUUCUGAAAUUCAGGACAAGGAACAGAAGAACACAAAGCUGCACAUUAGAGUUUCCCAGAACCAAUCCCCCCCAGGCAAAAUACACAGUUUUCUCAUGCAGCUUUUUCAGGCAAACUAUUGUUAAAUAAGACUAAGACAUCAAUUUCUCCACAUUUCAGCAUCAAUCAAGCUUUGCACAGAGAUUUGUCCCAUAAUGUCUCCUGACAAGCACAUAAUGUACAAACAAAUCUCAUCUAAUUCCAGUGUGUAAGCUGCAAAAUUACUAGGACUGGAAGUCAUAUUCUUGGAAAAUUACUUUGUGGUGAAGUAAUGUUAUGUCAAACACAAACCUAUUUGUCUGGACUCAGCUCAAAUUCAGGGUUCUCCAUGGCCAGCCUACCACUGACGUUCUUCUCAACAUCUUUCAAGAGAGCAACUGGGAUUUUUGGGUCUGGCUUUUCCAACCAGUGACUAGGCAAAGAAGCAAUAGAGGUGAAAAUCCCACAGAGCCACCAGGAUGUGAUGCCCAAGGAUGAGCAGUAAUUACUGCAGCAACACUUCAGCCAGUAUGAGUGUCAAUGAAAUGUCUGCCUUCCCUCUGACUUUAGAACAAAAAACUGGCUUUGCCUUUGUGGGGAUUUUGUGUGUUUUCUUGGGACUUCUAAUUAUCAGAUGCUUCAAAAUCUUACUAGACCCCUACAGCAGUAUGCCUUCUUCCACGUGGGAAGAUGAAGUUGAGGGGUUGGAUAAAGGAACAUUUGAAUAUGCUCUUGCAUGAAAACUCACAGAAUAUCCUGCCUUAAAUUUGAUGUUGAUUUCAUUUUGGAAACCAACUGUUGUUACAUUUGUUAUACAUACCUGCAUUUUGGAGAUAUGUUGGUGGCAUCCAUUUUGUUAAAUAAAUAUUUGUUGCAACUCAAAA